UGCGCACCCCCGUGCGCUCCGGGUUCAGCCACGAGCGGACACUGCACAGCUGGGGGGGGGGUGGCGGGCCGCGAGAGACACACGGACCAGACAGCACCAUGACUGCACCCGGCAACACCUACGACGUGAUCGUGGUCGGCGGAGGAAUAUCCGGUCUGAGUGCGGCGAAGCUGCUGAAGGCCAACGGGCUGAGGCCCGUGGUGCUGGAGGCCAGGGACCGGGUCGGAGGUCGUACCUUCACUGUGCGGAAUAAGGAGACAAAGUGGGUGGACCUGGGCGGAGCUUAUGUCGGGCCGACUCAGAACCGCAUCCUGCGAUUGGCCAAAGAGUACGGCAUCGAAACCUAUAAAGUCAACGAGCAGGAGAGUCUGGUGCACUACGUCAAUGGAAAGUCGUACCCGUUCAGAGGCUCCUUCCCUCCCAUGUGGAACCCCAUCGUGUUGUUGGACUUCAACAACCUCUGGAGGACAAUGGACGAGAUGGGCAAGGAGAUUCCCAGGGAGGCUCCCUGGAGAGCUCCCCACGCCGAGGAGUGGGACAAGAUGACCAUGGAGGAGCUGUUCGCCAAACUGUGCUGGACCAGAACCGCUCGCCACUUUGCCAAGCUGUUUGUCAACGUCAACGUGACCUCUGAACCCCACGAGGUGUCGGCCCUGUGGUUCCUUUGGUACGUGAAGCAGUGCGGGGGAACCAUGAGGAUCUUCUCCACCACCAACGGAGGACAGGAGAGGAAGUUUGUCGGCGGCUCGGGUCAGAUCAGCGAGUACAUGGCCGAGGAGCUGGGGGAGCGAGUGAAGCUGGAGUCGCCGGUGUGCAGGAUCGACCAGAGCGGAGACGCGGUGGUGGUGGAGACGCUGGACAAGCAGACCUACACGGCCAAGUACGUGAUCCUGGCCACGCCCCCCGGCUUGAACCUGAAGAUGCACUUUAGCCCCGAGCUGCCGCCGCUGAGGAACCAGCUGAUCCACCGCGUGCCCAUGGGCUCCGUCAUCAAGUGCAUGGUCUACUACAAGGAGAACUUCUGGAGGAAGAAGGGUUACUGCGGCACCAUGGUGAUCGAAGAGGAAGACGCCCCCAUCAGCCUGACGCUGGACGACACGAAGCCCGACGGGGCCGUGCCCGCCAUUAUGGGAUUCAUCCUCGCCCGCAAGUGCAGGAAGCUCUCGGGUCUGACCAAAGAGGAGAGGUUGAAGAAGAUCUGCGAGAUCUACUCCAGAGUUCUGGGCUCAGAAGAGGCUCUGCAUCCGGUGCACUACGAGGAGAAGAACUGGUGCGAAGAGGAGUACUCCGGAGGCUGCUACACGGCCUACUUCCCCCCGGGAAUCCUGACCCAGUACGGAAAGGUGCUGAGGGAGCCGGUCGGCAAGCUGUACUUCGCCGGCACGGAGACGUCCACAGAAUGGAGCGGCUACAUGGAGGGGGCGGUGCAGGCCGGAGAGAGAGCAGCCAGAGAGGUCUUGUGUGCGAUGAAGAUAAUUCCACAGAGUCAGAUCUGGCAGACGGAGCCCCAGUCUCUGGAAGUCCCGGCGCUGCCCUUUGACACCAGCUUCUGGGAGAGGAACAUGCCUUCGGUGUGCGGCCUGAUCAAGCUGGUGGGAUUCUCCACCUUCCUGUCUGUGGCGGCGGCAGCCGGCCUGGUGGCCUACAAGAAGGGCCUCCUCCCCCGCAGUUAAGCGCGUCUCCGUAGGCGGGCCGGUAAACCUCCGAGUAGUGAACCGCGCCGUCGCACAAAUGGCCCGAUGCGCUGAUUCGGGGUUGGGAGAUGCUGGCGUGAGGGGAGAGAAGAACACGCCACUUCAGCUCAAAUCUACUUCUAAGUCAGGAGAUUGAGAUUUUUUUUAAACCAAUGAAGGAAAAAAACAGAAUUCAUUUAAAAAUGAAAGAUAUAUAUGAUUAUAUGUAUAAAUCACAAUGAAUAUUCCAUACAUUGCCAAUGACAUUCACAGUCAUGCUCUCUGUGUGUGUGUGUGAAAUGAGCUGCGUGUGUGUGCAUGCGGACGUGCUUUGAUGAGCAUGCAUUUGCGAUUGUGAGUUCGUCAUUAGUGUACAAACUGUGUGUGUGUGUGUGUGUGUGUUUCCGGUCCGUCUAAUUACCUCUGCUGGUUACAGGUGCUAAUUUAUUCUGGCCGAGCAGCUGUAGCUGUUUGUGGAGCUCCAGUUCCGUCAGAAUAGAAUAGAUUGGUGCCGUUUCCCGUCACAGAAUCACAGAGGGAAGGAAAAGCUGGUUGAUGUUCUAUAUUUUUCUCUUUGUCAACUAAUCUAAUCAACACUGUAAUUGUUUACUUUUAUUGAUUAUCGUCCCGAAGCAGAGUUCAUCUUCUUCGUUUGUGCCUCGGAGCCUCGGUUUCUUUUUUUUUUUUAAGCACACAGAAAGGACCCAGAUUUUGACACAAGUCAGACCCCACACACAUUAGCUUGGAAGGGGGGGCGGCUGUCUGCAGCAGGGUUUCACACUCAAACAGGAGAGGAGAUUAACUGCAGAAGAAUAACUGAGGGACCUUUUCUGCACGUUCUCUGUAAAUCCCCCUUUUUCCCUGUGCACUUAUGAAAUAGCGUCAAACUACCUUUGGGAUGAAUUCCAAUCAUUUGCUCCAAUUGAAACACUUUCCGCCCCUGCGUGCGCAUCUUUUUCAUAUAUCAAAGAAUCACGAAUUAGCCUCGCGGCUUUACAAUUUGCACAGCGGAGGAGAACCUUCUCUGGUCUCAUUUUGACGAAACCACUCAAAUGACUCACGAAUGCACCAAAUGCACGACUGAAAAUAGACCACAUGCACUAUUUACACUUAAAUAAAUAUAUGAAUAUGACAAUCCUUAACAACGAUACAGUUUUGUUCCCCUUUUUAAAACGAUUCACAUCCUCAUCGAGAGGCCAACAUGCUACGAAAGCCAGAAAGCAUCAAGAGGAUUGUUGACAGUGAGAGAAAUGCACUGAAAGCCUCGUCGUGCCAUUUAAAAACCUGUAUUUAGGAGUAAUGCAGCACUGCCAGGCUGCUUUCUCACCUUUUGGUAGAUAGUUGGAGGCAUUCGAGUGUCUUUUUAUGAUCAUUCCCAGAAAGAUGAGACAGACACACAAAGACACAACUGCAAACGCUGGCUGCCGGGAUGGUCAUCGUUGACCAAUCGGCAUCAGGCCGUUUUUUUUACCUAACGGACAUCAGGAUUUGAGGUCUAGAUGUGAAGAAACCCCACACGAAUCUAAAAGAGUUCUUCUGUGAGUGUGUCUGUUUACGGAGGGCAUCGUACUGUGUGUGUGUGUGUCUCGUUAUCUGUCGCGCCUUAAUUGUCGUCGUGAAAGUCUUAGUGUUUGUUGUCAUUUCUCUCAAGUGCCUGUGUGACUCUGCACUGGAGAUCAGAGGUCAGAUCGACAGGUCCUCGGUUGUCCUCGGUAACCAUCAGUACACGGGGACGGGUCCCCCCACUGGUCCCCCAAUAAACCUUUAAUGCCUCAGUGUAGAGUGACAAACGAUGGAGCUCAGACUGCUCAGUUGAUCAAACCGCUCAUCUCCAGUGAAGCAAAGUCUGUGUGUGUUUUGUACUGUGACCCCCCCCCUCCUUUCCUCCCAGCACAUGCAGCCAGCACUCCUCCGUCCCCCCGAACUACUACAAAAUGUCUGAUCCGUGCUCGAUUCUCCUCCUCCGGAGACCCGCUGUGUGUGUUUGAGACUCCUCCCGUGACCCCGUCAUUUGAUGUCUUUGAUUCCCAAACAAAGCCGGUGAUAUUCAAAAAGAAAUGUGAAAUAAAUGUACUUAAUCGACUCGA